AUGGGGACUGCCGCUUUUUUAGGGGCAGCAUCUCUUCCAUCUCCGGACGGCAUCCCCCCGGGUCAGAUUUGGCGGAGCAGAGGCGCCUCAUCCCCGAGGCUGAUGCUGGAGUCAACGAGAGUUUCCCCGUCAACUUUCAUCAAGUUGGAGGGCACCGAGCAAAUAAUACCCGAAGAUGAGCGUCUCUACCAGGCUGGCUUCAUGCACCGGCAGUUUGGGGCGAUGCUCCAGCCGGGAGUCAACAAGUUCUCCCUGCGGAUGUUGGGCAGUGAGAGGGCCGUGGAACACGAGAGGGAACGCGUGAAGUCUGCAGGCUUCUGGAUAAUCCACCCCUACAGUGAUUUUAGGUUCUACUGGGAUCUGACAAUGCUGCUGUUGAUGGUGGGGAACCUCAUCAUCAUCCCCGUGGGCAUCACCUUCUUUAAGGACGAGCACACGCCGCCCUGGAUAGUCUUUAACGUCGUGUCGGACACCUUCUUCCUCAUGGACCUGGUCCUCAACUUCCGCACGGGCAUCGUCAAGGAGGACAACACGGAGAUCAUCCUGGACCCGCAUCAGAUCAAGAUCAAGUACCUGAAGAGCUGGUUCGUGGUGGACUUCGUCUCCUCCAUACCCGUGGACUACAUCUUUCUUAUCGUGGAGACGCGCAUCGACUCAGACUUUUACAAGACGGCCCGAGCUCUGAGGAUCGUCCGCUUCACAAAGAUCCUCAGUCUGCUACGGCUGCUGCGCCUCUCCAGACUCAUUCGCUAUAUCCACCAGUGGGAAGAGGUUUUCCACAUGACAUACGACCUUGCCAGCGCCAUGGUGCGUAUCAUGAACCUGAUUGGUAUGAUGCUGCUGCUGUGUCACUGGGAUGGCUGUCUGCAGUUUCUGGUUCCCAUGCUGCAAGACUUCCCCCCAGACUGCUGGGUCACCAGGAACAAGAUGGUGAAUGACACCUGGGGUCAGCAGUACUCCUACGCCCUGUUCAAGGCCAUGAGUCACAUGCUGUGUAUCGGGUAUGGCCUGUACCCUCCUAUUGGCAUGGCUGACGUGUGGCUCACUAUCCUCAGCAUGAUUGUGGGCGCCACCUGCUUUGCCAUGUUUGUGGGGCAUGCGACUGCACUCAUUCAGUCUCUGGACUCCUCCAGGAGGCAGUACCAAGAAAAGUACAAACAAGUGGAGCAGUACAUGUCCUUCCACAAGCUUCCUGCUGACAUGCGUCAGAGGAUCCACGACUACUACGAACACCGGUAUCAGGGCAAGAUGUUUGACGAGGAGAGCAUACUGGAGGAACUGAAUGAACCGCUGAGAGAGGAGAUCAUCAACUUUAACUGUCGCAAACUGGUCGCCUCCAUGCCCCUGUUCGCCAACGCUGAUCCCAACUUCGUCACCUCCAUGCUGACCAAACUACGCUUUGAGGUCUUCCAGCCGGGCGACUACAUCAUCAGGGAGGGGACCAUCGGCAAGAAGAUGUACUUCAUCCAGCACGGCGUUGUCAGCGUCCUGACCAAGAACAGCAAAGACACCAAGUUGUCCGAUGGCUCUUAUUUUGGAGAGAUCUGCCUGCUGACCCGAGGCAGGAGGACUGCCAGCGUGCGGGCAGAUAACUACUGUCGGCUGUACUCUCUGUCUGUAGACCACUUCAACGAGGUGCUGGAGGAGUAUCCCAUGAUGAGGAGGGCGAACUCUGUUCUUCAGCACAAAGUUCAGCAUCACCAAAGUUCUGGCACACUAAACCUUCAUGAGAGUGAGAUCAUCCAAAGAAUAGUGCAACACGACCGCGACAUGGCCCAGUGCACUCAGCUGAACCAAACCAGCACUGCGCCGAGUAUAAACCGUCCGCCUGCUCCUCCGUCACCCACCCCGGUCAUCUGGGCCCCGCUGGUUCAGGCUCCGCUCCAGGCUGCGGCUGCCACCACCCCACUUGCUAUGGCCUUGGCCCACCAGUCCCAGCUUCCUCCAAUCCUCUUCCACCAUCCUCUGGUGCCACGUCCCGGCUCUGUGAAGGACCCGUCCAGCCAUUCAAAGAGAGUACAUGUUGGAGCCAGCGCCUCCAGUAGCUGUGGUUCAGGGCCCAAUUCUCCCGCUAGCUCUGCCAACCUUAGAUCUGAGGUUGAGACUGCCACACUAGCAUUCCCCAGGACACAGCAACUCUCCAGUGGGCCGUUGUCACCCACACUGACGUCUCAGCCCAUCUUCACCAGCAGCCUGCAGCCCCUCGCCCCUCUGCACACACACCAGCCUCUGCUCCAUCCUCCCCACUCUGGCAUGGCGUCGGUGUUUCCCAUCAGCCAGGCCACCGUCUCCUACACCUGCUCCGCUCAGCUCCACUCCCAGCCGUUUCACGGUGCUAUGACCACCCCACCACGACCGAUAGGUUUACUCCAACAGGGGGCACCAGGGAGGCUAGCAGGGAGAUUCCCGGCCCCCUCAGCCGCCACGUUAACCCCUCUUAUUUCAAGCUCAGUCGGCCCCAUACUGAGCCAAUUGCAGCAAACCUCCCACAUCACCUCACAGCAGGUGGGGUCCAGCAGUGACAGAGCAAGCAGGAGAACCAGUGGCCUGAACCUCCCACAUUUUCCCUUCAUCACCAACACCCAAUCCUCCGCUGGAUUUAAUCAGCCAGUGUCUGCAGUCGGAGCCGGGGCCGCAGCCUCUCUGGCCCAGCACAGCCUGGCAGGACUCCAGUCUGUUUUCCUCCCGCAGGUUCUCCCAGAGCACUCAGCCCUCGCCUCCCUGGCCCAGUAUGGCUCUGCAGAGGCCUCGCCUUGCUACACGCCUCCUGUCCACAGUCCCAGCGUCCAGAGCCCCGUGAGGGGAAGGACAGUAUGCCAGAGUGAGCUCCCCAGCACCGCGGACUCUCAUAGUCCUCUAACCCUUCAGACCUCAUGCCCUGCCAGGGUGGCCUGUACCCUCAAACAGAGGGCAGAGUCCUCGGUGGAUCUCUUUUCCCAGGAAAUAAAGACUAUCUCAGGCUCUCACAGCUCUAUACACCAGGAAAGGCCUUUGGCCAUAAGCGGCUCCUCUGAGGGUGUAGCAGGGGCGCCCAGCCCCUUCUCCUCACCGAUGGCUGUCAGUAAACCCUACACCCCAAUCCCGGGUCAAGCCACUCCUGUCAGUCGGACACAUUCAGGGCCUGAGCCUCAGCACCAGUCCGUUGGUUUUCACUCUCCUCCCAUUAGAUCUCCCGCUAAAAUGUUAGAGAAGGAACACAAACAGUCCAAACUCCCGUCCAAUUUGUGA